AUGGGUGGCUGCUCCUGCAAAAGUCUUUCACAGCUGCGGAAGAAGAGCCCUUACGGGAAGAAUAAGGGUGACUAUGGCGAGAUUUAUCUCCCAACCGAGAACAAUAAAUUGAACAUCUCCCACACACAGGUUCACGUUCCCACAGAGACCAGUUUGAAUGAUGCCCCCUCUAAUUCUCCUUACUAUCUCUCUCCCAAUAGGGAAGGGAGUCGAAAUAAUCAAAACAGCGAUCUUAGUAAUAGCUUCGGCACCAAGAGAAGCAAAUCAAACAAUAUGCACCACCACAACUUAGGAAAUUCUAAACAUCCAUACCAUCGGAACAUUACGGAUAUUUACGUCAACCCCAAUGAGGAUUUUCCAUUCCCUUACAAUAUAGACAACGCAGCUUUGUCUGAUGACGCCUCCAAGAUUGAGAUGGAAUUGAUCUUGGACGAAAGCUCUAGUACCGAUUUAUGCUCAAGCACCAUGGAAAAUCUAGCUAGUUUGCAUUCUGUAAACGUCGGAGAGAAUAAAUGUGAUACGAAUAUGAGUAGCAUUUCUUUUGAAAACCAAGACCAGAAUCUGUCCAGGGUGAACGCUAGGGGCUCUACUAAGGAUUUCCGUUUUUCUGUUCUGCCCUCCCUUUCUCGUGAUUCCUUUCCCGUGGAGAGGGCGGCGAGCCUUCUGAACACGGAGCGAGAUUCCUCCGCUUUUCGAACUCCCAUUGAAGAUUUCUCCAGCGAUGUUUCCGAUAUCUGCAGUGCGAAUCGCCCGUUCGGAUACACAUACUACAAUAAUAAUCACGAUCCAUCGCAGAGCAUAGGCCACACGUUGCCGGAGCGCUCAAAGCCGCCGCUGCCGCAUCCACCGGAGAAGUCGGGUUGUAAGUCUAAACUCACCGUAGUGGACGUGCGGAGCAAUCGAUCCUACGGACUCCACACCCCUGAAACUCCGCACACCUUCAGACGGAUCAACUCCCUCACGAGUGCGUGCUCGGAGCCGUACGAACAGAGAGAUCGCGCCUUUUUCAGCUGCCGGAGUACGGCGACGUCGGCUUUGGCGGGACAGACGCCGCUGACACAGCCCUCGCCGUCCUUUCGUUCCUGCAUUUCGGAGAUCUCACCGUUGGCCCGUGAGCCGCCGUCUGGGGCUGUCGUCCGCUAUCAGGGCCUUCCUCGGCGUGAGGGCGGCAAAGCCGUCGUGGGGGUCCUCCGGUCGACCCUGUCCGCAGCCCCUUCUGUGCUGCUGGCACAGCCCUCGCUGUCCUUUCGUUCCUUCAUUUCGCUCAAGCCCCUGCCGCGCACCCCUCCCCCUCUCUCAGCCCUGCGACGGUGCGAGGUUCGGAAAGGGGGGUCCUGCGCGCUGACGCAGCCCGCGGCGGCCUCCUCCGGCAGGACCCUGCCAUCCAUCGGGACGGGGGGGAGGGGCCGUGACACGAGCCAUUGGUGCCGGAAAGGGGUGUGA